AUGGAUCCACCACUUAUCUCCAUAGCCUCAUCUAACGUUCCUCCUCCUAAUGUGAUCCAAACAAAUUAUCCUGACUCGUUAGAGUCAAUAUCACCACGACAACAACCACCACCACGAUCACGUGAAGCAAUGAACGAUGAGCCUCUACCUAAUGUCCCAAACGCCAAGCUUCGUCUAAUGUGCAGCUACGGAGGCCACAUUAUGCCCCGCCCUCAUGAUAAAUCCCUUUUUUAUGUUGGCGGCGACACUCGAAUCGUGGUGAUCGACCGCAGUUCUUCCCUGAAAGACCUAUGUUCACGCCUUUCGAGAACAAUUCUUAAUGGAAGACCUUUUACUCUCAAGUACCAGCUUCCAAAUGAAGACCUUGACAGCCUUAUCACAGUCACAACAGAUGAAGAUCUCGAAAACAUGAUCGAAGAGUAUGAUCGAAUAGCAUCUGCAUCUUCGACCAUGAAAUCUUCUUCAAGACUCAGAGUGUUUCUGUUUUUCACAAAACCAGAGUCCACGCUCUCGAUGGGAUCACUCCUUGAUGAUGCAAAAUCUGAGACAUGGUUUGUUGAUGCACUCAACAAUUCAGGGAUUCUCUCGAGGGGUGUGUCGGAUUCAGCAGGGGAUUCUUUUGUGAAUCUUGAUAAUGUUCCUGCUAGUGAUUCAAGCAAUAACUUGGAAGCACAAGGUGUAGCAGUUGUAGAGUCAUUGAACCUUCUCGAAAACAACAACAACAAUGUUAAGAAUGUUUUUGAUGUUGCUAAUGUUGUGAACUCAACACCUGGUUCACCUAUGCUAGAGAAUAGUCCAUCUUCUUCUUCUUUGUCUUCUUCCAUGGCGAAUUUGCCUCCGAUUCGUGUCCGUGUUGACGAAACCGGUGGUAGCAGGCUUCAACAAGAGAAUAAAGUUGGAAUGAAGCAAGAUGAUGGAUUUGUUGUUUCUUCUGCCAAUGUGGCUAUGGCUGCAAUUCCUGCAACAUUGACUAUGGCUUCAGCUGGUGUUGUCACUACUACUAUUACAAAUGAUGUUAAUAUGAACAGGGUUGUUUCUGAUGAUGAGAGAUCAGAUUAUGGAGGAGUAACUGGAGCUCGAAAACCGCCUUUACCAUUACAGCUUGUUCAGCCAAGGACUAGUGGUGGUUUGAGUUUUCCUUCACCAGAUUCAGUCACAAGUGAUAAUAGUAGUAUUGCAUCUACUAAUUCUUUCUCCAAAAUCAUUUAUCAUCAAGAACAAGUCCAAGUCCAAGUUCAACCUACAAACAUAGACAACAAACCACAAGAUUCUAGUUACAUCUUACCUCAACAACUAGAUCAAAAUCAACAACAAUUUGUUCAUUCCAACACUCACUAUAUCCACCACCCUACAUCAACAAACCAAGUUCCAAUCUCAUCAUACUACCAAGUUUAUCCCCCACAAUCACAACAACAACAACAACUUCACAAUCCAAUUGGUCAACAACAAUAUCCAAUUUAUGUAAUGCCUAUUGGAACCACACAACAACAACCUUACAACAUGACAUUGCAACAUACUAUAAGUGAUCCUAAUGUUGUGUCCUCUAUUAGGCCAUUAAUACCUCAAAGUGGAACUCCACCAAUUUACCCUAGUAAAUCACCUAACCCUAAUGUGCCACCAAAUUCAACAUUUGUUCAAGUACCUUCAAAUCAAUUUCAACAACAAUAUGUUGGUUUGCCUCAAUUCCAUCAUCAACCACAACAUCCAAUCAAUGUAGCUCCUUCUAGUGGUACUAACUAUGGUUAUGAAUAUGGUGGCAAUGUGGAAGGUCAAGUGUACUAUACUCAACAAACAACUAAUGCUCCAUUGGUUACUCAGUACCAAUCCAUGACUCCUGCAGCUGCUGCUGCAGCAUUAUCAGAUACUUCCCAACAGUUCCCUGCAGAUAAUGUUCAGCAACCAAAUAGAACUUCGCAGCCCGUUUAA